AUGGCCCUCGUUCGCGACCCGUACUUCUGGAAACGAUUCUCAACGGCAGUUCACCUCGACGAAGAAUCCAACGGUUCACCUACCAAAAUGGAAAUGGACACGCCAACUUCUGAAAAACCAAAAGACACCUGGCUUGACCGAGAACGCAGGAAAAGUAAAAAGUCUCUCAUCUGGGGCUUUGUUAUAUUCUUCUGCAUCAUUCUCCUUGUGACGGGUGGUGUGAUUGUUUGGUGGCUCAGCAAGCAUAACUGGCUUCAGAGCAUUGAGCCAUGA